AUGGCCUCGGCCGUUCAAUUGAUAUUCUUCGAGUUCUUUACAGGCCAUGACAGUGAAGGGAAGAUUCAUCUCCGUGCAGCAACGAAUAUAUCUCAACAAGGCUUUCGAGAUAAACUGGUCUAUUUUGAUCCGAAUGCAAGAGCAAAGAGCAUACUGUGUGGUGAUCGCCUUCUUUCCGAAGAGGAUGGCCCGGCAGUUAUGGAGGAGGUUACGCUGUUCAAUUCUUCACCGGCGCAAUCAUCUGGCUUGAUAUCAUAUCCUCUAUCACGGCGGGAACAGCACCGCAUUUACUGGAUCACCAUCUCCAGGAAAAGGGCCUUGAGAACCAGCAUGCAUGGGCUAUUGGUGACGUGUCCGAUCUCAAACUGCCACAAGCUAUAG